GUCUCGUGAGUUUGAUCGGAAAUGCGCGGAACGACUCACGGAAGGAAAACAGGAACACAAUAAACAGUGAAUUCUGAGCAUUAAACGAAUAAAGAGGACAUAGAAACAUUAAACAAUGAAAUAUAACCACUAACAAGAUAUAAAGUCUUUCAUAGGGGAUUUAAAAUGCCUUUGUUCAGACUGAGGGAUGAUCAUCUAGCUGUUUGAUUGACAGGAACAUGUGGUGGUUUCAGGAGGGCUUGUGUGUUCUGCCCGUGGCGCUGGUCAUCUGGACCUCCGCCACCUUCAUCUUCGCUUACAUCACGGCCGUCGUCCUGAGACACGUGGACCCGCUGGUGCCCUACAUCAGUGACACCGGGACGAUGGCGCCGGAGAGAUGCGUGUUUGGACUCAUGCUCAAUGUGUCGGCGUUCUUAGGUGUCGCUACGAUGUACGUGCGCUAUAAGCAGCUCCAGGCCCUGGUGGACGGUGCCGACACUCGUCUGAACCGCCUCAAUCGGGCCGGGCUCGUUCUGGGCUGCGGAAGCUCGUUCGGCAUGUGCGUCGUAGCAAACUUCCAGAAAACCACUCUGUUCUCGAUGCAUCUGGUGGGCGCCGUGCUGACGUUCGGCGUGGGCGCGCUGUACGUGUUCGUCCAGACGCUGCUGUCGUUCCUCAUGCAGCCGCACGUCCACAGCAGAGCCGUGUUCUGGACGCGCCUGAGCAUCGCCGGCUGGACGCUAGCCAGCAUCAUUAGCAUGUUCGUGUCGUCCGUGAUCAUGUACAGCUCUUUACCGGGAGUCGAGGUCAACAAGAAGCUCCACUGGACGCCCGGAGAACCCGGGUUCACGCCGCACAUCGUCAGCACCAUCUCUGAGUGGUCUCUCGCGCUGUCCUUCGUCAGCUUCUUCCUCACCUACAUACGAGACUUCAAGAAGAUCAAUCUACGAGCCGAGGCGCAACUUCAGAGCAACCAUCUUUACGACUCGCAUCAUCACCGCCCCGCUUCAUCCCGCGGGCGGACGGAGACGUCGCCGCUCCUCGCCGGCAGCAUCUGAUCGCUCCGGGCUCGAGACCACACACACCUCGAGCGUCACACACACCUCGAGACCACACACACCUCGAGCGUCACACACACCUCGAGACCA